AUGGAAAACUUGCAGCCACCGAUACCUCAGGGCUGGGAGGAGCCGCCGUCUGCAGAACAGUCGCUGGAAGAGCGACCACAGAAGAAACGCCGCAAGUACAUCGCGCUAGCUUGCAAUGAAUGCAAGCGUCGAAAAAUCAAGUGCAAUGGGGAAACGCCUUGCCAGCGAUGUGGCCGGCUGCGUGUCGAGUGCAUUUACGUCGAAAACCCUCGGCCUCUCAACAUGAGCGAGGCGGAGUACGCUGUUUCACAACCUGGAAUCCUUGGAUCAUUCACUGAUGAAAACAAUAUUUCUAGGAAUUUCGAGCGACUUUUUGACCAAAUGAAAUCGAUGCAAGACCAGAUCGCCUCGCUGUCGGCUACGGUCCGGUCGAUGGCGCACAAUGAAACCUCACCCAUCGGGGUUGGCAGGGCUCGCUCAAGUGUCACCGGUCCCGUAACAGGCUCCUACGGACUCAUUCCAGCACAACGUCCGCUCCGACGGGUGUCUACGUUCACGAAAAAUCCAUUCCAGGGCCCGACAACCUCUGCUUUCAGUUUUGACUUGGCAAAAUCCAGUCUACAGAGACGAGGAAUUGUAGAGCGAACUGAUCCCAGCGAUGACGCCGAGGGCGAUUUAACUCAGGAGCCGUCGCCCUUGGCCUCUCCAUCCGCGCCAGACCGUGAAUUCGACCUUCGUCAAGCGGUUGACCCCCUAUGGUCCCUCCCGAAAAGCGAAGCGGUGCGACUGUGUAAGGUCUAUGAAGAGGAGAUGGGCAUUAUGUACCCGGUAUUGGAGCUGCCUCAGCUUCUAGAGCAGGUGGAUUCGCUGUAUGGGUUGAUGCAUAGCGCUGUUGAGCCGGGCAUAAAACCUAACGGCCAGGUGGACAAGGACGAUAUCUAUAUUCUCAGGUUGGUGUUCGCAUGCGCCUUGACAGCCGAGGCGAGCGGACGUAGCGAAAAGGCUAUUGCGCUGUUUGACAGUGUGCGGGAAGUCCAGGAUAAUUGUGUUUGGGGCCCACCCGAGAUCAAAAACAUCAUCUUUCUGACUCUUGUUUCCAUAUUCUACUUUCAGAUGGAUGAAGAAACCCUGGCUUGGCGAACCAUUGGCAUUGUAGAACGCAUGUGCCUCGAAAAGGGCCUUCACCGACGAGAAACCCUCAAUCAGCCUGCGAUAAUCAGUGCCGGGAGAGAUCGUGUAUUACGACUCUUUUGGUCGAUCUAUAUCCUUGACAUGCGUUGGAGCUUUGGCACAGGAAUGCCAUUCUCACUAGAGGACACAGACAUCGACCCUUGGCUUCCAGAGCCCGAAGAAAAGACCCCGUACUUGCGCGUCAUGAUCCGGUACAGUCGGAUUGCGGCCAAAGUCUGGAAAUUCAUUUCGGCGUUCAAUAAUACAAACGAGAUCAAGAAAGACGAGAUGAAUUAUUUGGACUGGCAAGUCUUACGCUGGGUAGACGAUAUUCCUGACGAGUUGCGCCUCAACCAGCUCAACGCCUCCGGUUCCAAUGGAGCCCCCGAAGAUCCUCGAAGUCUACAACGUCUUCGGGCAUUGUUGUAUCUACGAGCUAAUCAGCUACGUAUGCUUAUUCACCGUCCAGUCCUGCACACAGCUGGUCAUAUUAUGCGCUCUCCGGAUGAGUCAGAGGUUGUUGUGACUAUCGCGAAAGAUACUAUUCGAUUCAUCACUCAGCUCAACGAAACAUCGGACAUCUACCAGUUACAGCAGGUCGCAUUUAACUGGUUCCUGGUAUCUGCUCUGGCUGUUCUAUUUCUGGCCGUCUCACAAGCUCCGACCCAAUUUAGUGGGUCUUGCAAAGAAGAGUUCUACUGGGCUCUGGAGCUGGUGAAGGGAUUUUCAACCAAAUCAUACAUUUCGAGGCGGCUCUGGAAAUCUAUCCGUAGCCUUCGCAAGCUGGGCCCACAGCUCGGGCUAGGGGUACAGAAAGGCAAACCACCUAAUUCAAGUGGUGCUGAGACUGGCCAGCAAGACUCCUCCCAGGUCCAUGAAUCUCCCAUUCAAGGUCCAGGGUCGAGUACAAAUAGCCAGACCCCUCUGGAUGGAGCUCAGAUGACACAGGAACUGAUGGAGUGGUUUGAAGCGGUUGGUAACCUUGAGGAUCAAAUUAUGGGAGUUGGAACAGGUCCAGUACCCGAGGAUGCCUCAUGGCAACAGAUGCCCAAUGGUUCGUUCAUGUUUGACUAUGGCGCAGAGCUGUCGAGUGUGAUGAAAGAUUGUUUUUAG